GCCACAUAAGUACUAGUGCCGUAGGCGUUCAGAAAAAGCUUAGUUUAUACGUGGUAGAGAAUCUGCUCCGGUACAUGGCUACUUAUCAUCAACCUACCAACUACGGAGUCCAGACCCGAAGCCACACCCAGCAGCAGAGUGAGACAGACACCCAGACUGAAUCCCAGAUCAGCGAGGAGCCUGGAUCAACCCCCACCCAGCCAGUCCCAACCAGGCCCAGUUGUUGGAACAAGAGGUGUGCCAACCCCACCCAACGACCAACUUCCAACAGCAAUGGCAAGCCUGUCAAACCUGGUACCAAGAUUCAACGGCACUGGCAAUGCCAGGCAAUGGCUCAGAAAAGUAGAGUGCCUUCGCCAACACCAGAAGAUGACAGAUGAGGUAUAUCUUAAUCUACUACCUCUCUAUUUGGAAGGUCCUGCCAUCACAUGGCUGGAUUCUCUUCAGCCAGCUCCAACAACCAGAGCAGCGUUUGAAGAAGCAUUCAAGCAGAGAUACGUCCAGGAUUCAGCAGCACAGACGGCCUUCCUGGGAGAUCAGCAGAGAUCUGAUGAGUCAGGCGUGGCCUUCAUUGAGAGGGUCAUGGAGAAGACCACAGGCCUGGAGAUACCUGAGGUAUUUCUAGUUCAGGUCAUAAUGAAUGGCCUGUCUACAGACCUGAAAAGUAUUGUGAUGCCUCAAGGCGCCAGAACCCUACAGGCCCUCUCCGACCAAGUGCGACUGGCUCAGAAGACAGUAGAUGCCACAAAAACUUCCAGUCCGAAUGUGUCUGCUGUCACAACACCGGAUCCAGCCCCUCUCCCAGAUCGCAGCACUGCUCACCGACCAGCAGAAGCAGCUGAACGACCUAGCUGGUCAGCUGGAAGAGACCAGGGCUCAUGCCAAGAGGCGGGAGCAGAAGCCACAGUCUCAACAUCGACAGCAGUGGCACCAGAAACCCAACAACCAGCAGCCCCAGCAUCAACGGUCCUAUAAUCAAGGUACUGGACACAUAUACCGAAUCCCUCAUACUGGUACUCCUAAUUCACGCAGUUGGUUUCCAUACAAUCAGUCCAAGUCACGACAUUCUAAGACCAAAUUAUGGUGUGUGCCUUUACAUUCCAGAACGAAGACCCAACUAUCCGGUGAUUUUGGUCGCAUUCUUUCCAAAUCCUUUCGCCAGAAAGCAAUCCGCCAGAGUU